AUGCAAGACUAUUUCAGUUUACCCAUCGAACCGGAAAACCCCGAGAGGGAGUACAAUGAAACUCGAAAGAGUCUUGAGAGCUGCAUCACUGGAAUUAGCAGCCUCACUGAGAGUUUGGGUAUUACCUUGCGACACCAACAGGAUGACCAAUCUCUUCUCGAUAUAUACAGAGAGUUCCAGCAUACUUUCGAACACACAUCAACGCAAUUCCAUCAGCAGGAAAACUCAUUGGACGCUAUCAUGACCAAGCUCGAGUUUAGCUCUGAUGAAAAACAAGAAGAAUUGGCCGAAUGGGGAAGUCGACGGGAGAGUGCAGCUGCAGGUUUUUUGGAAACCAUGAGAACGCAAUCGAUGAUCACUUCUCUCCAGGUGCUCGCACAAGUGAACAAAAUAUAUGAACAGGCAAUACAGGGUUCGAAGAACAACGUUUCAGACAAUGACAUUAUUAGUGAGAGCUAUUUGAAAGAGGUGCAGGACGCACGUAGAAUGGCAGAAGAGUUCGGAUCAUUGAUACAAGCCUCUGUAUAUCAAGCUUCGGAGGAUAGUCCUCUGGGCAAAGCCUUCCAAUCCUAUUGUAGAAUGAGGCCCCAAGUCGAUGAGCUGACAUCGCAGCCUGAGUCGAACACCGCAGCAGAGGUAGCUGGAUCAUCAAACGAUGUCGAGAUGGAUUACUUGGCUGAUUUACUGGCCACCAAAUUCACAGCGGCCUAG